CAGCCCAACAAUUAGUGGUACGGCGCAUGCGUUUACUUACGCGUGCGCGUCACAGUGUGCCGAGGGUUUGCACUUCAGUGCUUUUCAUUAAACAGUGGUCACUGCGAAGAAGAGUAUACCAUGCACGUAUAGACACUCAAAUUAGGGCAACAGCUACGCUCACGUGCUGGGCGUGCGCGCGCUCUACACGCGCAGAGCGUUCGCGCAUAAUGUGCGUGCACUUCGGUGUGCGCUGGGUUUGGCGAACUACGUCGUCACUUGUUGAAGAGAAGUUGGGCCACUAGGAAGUAUACAGGUGCGUCAAGCAGGAUGGAGCUCUGCAGUAUAUCUGUAAUCUACAUCCUGAUGAUGCUAUCAUUCCAAGUGGAGGCAGCAAACGGCUCACUCGAAGUUGAAAUUUCUGUUCUAACUGAUCCUGGAGGCAGACCAUCAAUCAAUUACCGCCUCGGCUCCACGGCAACUCUCAUCUGUCAUGUUGAGAAUAUGACUGGUCCAGUUACCUAUCACUGGUCGUCAACAAGCACUGCGUUCUUUGCCUACAACAGCAGUGCCAUGUUCAACAGGAAGAGACUUCUCUCGGCGGCUGAUGCCGGUGUCCACACUUGCACUGUGACUGAUGCUUACGGAAACUCUGGUCAUGCAAGUCUCACAAUGAUGUUUAAAGAAAUUAUGGUGUAUGUUGCCGAGAGUUAUGAUCAUGAGGAUGUGAUCGUGGCAAACAAUUCUGCCGUUCUCUACCAUCCUGGGUCAUGUUUGAACUGUCCAGUUGUGUUCUACUGCUUCUCCAACUCUACGUCAUCCGGAGUAGGAGAAUUAAUUCUUCCAGACGGCACUACUCAUCAUGAUACUGAUAGCAGUCAGCUUUUGGUUGAGAGACUGCCUUUCUCAACACUCCGAGUGCAGGUGUCCAACUCACAACCCAUCACUGGUCUCUUUACAUGCAGGCUGCCUGACUCCAAUGGGAAUACUAUGGAGACUACUAUUGGUUUAUACAGUGGAACAGUGGGGCCACCUAGAAUCAAUGUGUUGGAGAGUGGCUACAAUGACUUGACAAUGGAUCCUGAUGACUCGUCGGUCUUUGCUACAGUAGAGUGCUACACAAUGAGUUCACCACCAACUAUAGUCACGUGGAAGAGAGACGGAGUAGAGGUUGAUGUAAGGAGCAGUGACUACAGCACUCUGCAAGUGGCUGUCGACAGGAUUAAUUCUCACUAUCGGAAUAUUCUGCUCGUCCAUAGCAUCUUAGAAAUCAUGGGGAACCACACUUUCACAUGUGAAAUAGAAAACAUCGGUGGAUCCACUUAUCACAGUGUAGCCAUUGACAUUCCAGUUAUGCCAAAGGCUAGUAUGGAAGUGACUCCUCAUUCUGGUCGUAAAGGUGAAACAAUUACCCUCUUGUGCCGAGGAUACACGGAUCCCCCGAAGGCUACGGCUCAACUCAUGCCCUACAUCACUACUGAGUGGGUGGGCCCCAUGGGACUUGGCUUGACAGAAGAGAAUGGCAUCACUAUCAGUACUCGACGUCACAAUACCCAUGGAGUUGUCAGCACAUUGACCAUAAACGGAACAAAAUACAGCCAAACUGGAGUGUAUUCUUGCGUUGUCACACUGAAUGCAACCGAUAAACCCUCAGUUAAUUCCGCAGAAUUUCACCUGACACUCAAACAAAACAUCACAAUCUACGAGUCUGAGCAGGAGCUCACUGAGGCACACCAUGCAGUUGAUGGCCUGGUUUGUCUAAUCAUAAAGAAUGUGAGUAUAGAGUUGUCUUCCUCGUCUCCAACGGCUGGAGAAGAGCUACGAAUGACUUGCUCUGCAGUCAGUGAUGUGCUACCCACCCUGACCUGGACUGACCCCAGGGGAGACAGAGUAACAACUAACAAUCCACAUGUGUCUCUAGAGUUGGUGGACGGAGAGCUUAGUCUUUUGUUCCAGUCACUUCACACAUCCCAUGGAGGAGUCUACACUUGUGUAGCCAGUGUGGGAGGGAUAUCGUCAGCACAGAAAAUGGCUGCAGAACACCUGCUUGCAAUUCAGAUUCCUCAGCCUGUCACGUUGAUCGCAUUCAAUCCUACUGAUGUGUACCCGAGCAGUCGACUCUCAAUUACCUGUGAGGUGAGCCUCGCUCAAGAAGUGGACACGCCUGUCAGAGUUGGGAUGCGGUGGAAUGCCCCGACACCAAUAUAUGGGAACAACAGGAUAACUAUGAGAGAGGACAGGAGCACGAGUUUCGUGUACAAGUCCAUUUUGCUCAUUAACUCUGUUUCGUUCAGUGACGCAGCCAGCUCUGUCUCCCUAGCCUGUGUGGCGCCACCUGAUGCGGUCCCACCACUCACCUACAGCUGGUCCUCAACCUGCUCCAGUUGUUUCACCUCAAACAAUUCCUCCAGGGAAAUAACCAUUGACAUCCUGCGCUCUAGUGACGGUGGAGUACACACCUGCACAGUAACUGAUGCUGAAAGUCACACUGGAAGUGCUAAAACUGAAAUGAGGCUCUAUGGCCGGCCAGUUGUCUACAGCAGUAGUCAUGAGUACUCCAGUGGCUCUGCAAACUCUAUUUUGAGCCUCGAGUGCCCAUCAAGAAACUCUAUCCCCAGUAACGUGACGUGGCUUAGAAACAAUGAGACUGUCGACACCCUUAAUGGCCUGUAUGAGACAGUGGAGAUAGCCAACAGAGGGUAUCUCACUAGUUCAUACUUUUGGAACAUUCUGAUAGUGAGGUCGGUGGCUGGAGCUCUGGGAAACCAGCGAUACACGUGUCACAUCCAAAACACUUUUGGAAAGGACUCUGCAAAUAUUAUACUUCAGCGAGAAGUGAUAACUAUUACAACGCCGUCAGAGACACUCUAUGGAGAUGCACUUCUGUUAGUGUGCAGCAGUGUUGCACUGCCUACUGAAUACGCCUCGAGAGCUCAUAUUCAGUGGUGGGGACCAAAUGGAACCAGUCUUGAUGGAAUGAACGGAAUAGCAGUUGGAGAACAAACGUCAGACGGUGAAACUUCUUCUAGAAAUCUAGCCUUUGAUUUUCUAAGAUCUUUCAUGGAUGGAGUAUACACCUGUCAGUUUUCUAUUCAAUACAUGAAUGAAACAUACACCGAGACAAAGAAUUACAGCUUGAUGGUUUCAGGAAGGAUAAGUAUAACUGGAAAUGAUGUCACACUGGUCAGUGGAAAAGCGAGGUCCAUUCGGUGUUCUUGGGGUAGUGUUGGGUUAGCUCGACUUGCGUGGUACCUGGAGGGACUGUACACCAUCCCUCUGGCCUCUGCUGACGGUUCAUCAUCUGUGACACUCUAUCUCGAUCCAAGUAUCACUGGACUCAAUGACACAACCUUUGUGUGCCGAGCAACAGAUGUUCUUGGGUAUACCUACCAAAACGAGACUGUCGUGUAUGUCAAAGACAUGAGUGUGGAUAUACAAGUGAGAUAUGUGGCUCCUCCAGACUUUGGUCUCUCCCCUCCAUACUACCGUCCUGGGAGCUCUCUAACACUGUCGUGUAUUGCAACAGGGGCAUCUGAUUCUGUUGCUUUUCAGUGGACAUCCACCUACCCACAAUCGUUCACUUAUGGUGCAAGAAAUGCAGUGCGCUCAAAAACUUUAUUGACUGCAUAUGAUUCUUGGACCCAUACAUGCACUAUCACUGACACUGAUCGCACUACUGCCUCUGCCAGGGUCAAAGUCUUUCUGCUAUGUAGUGGCACGUACACAAUUAAUCGACAGAGUCCAUCGGGAAUAAAUAUCUACACUUCUCGAUACAAUACCCCUAUAGUUGGGAUAUACACCUGUAGAAUGACCAGUCCAAACGGCCAAGUACGAGAUAUGAGCUUUGGAGUAUACACGACUACUAUCCGUAUACCAACCUUGUCCCCUCCAGAGUAUAUAGAUCUGAUUGAGGUAGCUCAUGAGCCAGCUCUGGGAAUGGUGGUCUGCAAUUCAAGUGGAUUUCCUCCCACCCACGUUUCAUGGAAGAGAGGGAACACCUUGCUCUCUGCAGAUGACACUUCCUAUCAGCAGAUACAACGAGUUGUAUCACGUGGUUCUAGUCUAUAUUCCAACAUCUUGAUACUGAAUGAUAUACACGGAGUCAUAGGAAACCACAGAUACGUGUGUUUGAUCAGAAACCAAGCUGGUGCUGUGUCACGUGCUAUUGAAGUGUCUAACACAGUUGAGCCACAACUGAGUAUACAAGCUCCAGCAGAUCCAGAGUAUCUAUCAGACCUCAGUCUGUCCUGCAGCGUUCAUGUCCCCCAGAAGCUUCAUCGUCAUCUUGUUCCCUACAUGACUGUGACCUGGCACACUCCAUUUGAGGAGAGCUCCACAGCAGGGGCUCCAGUGGUAGAUGAUGGAGCUUCUCUGCACCUGAAUCUCUCCAUUGCCUCAGUCAAUGAGACUCACAAUGGAGUGUAUAACUGCCGUGUGGUAAUACAACUACCCAACACUAGUUCUCCCAUUACAAGAGAAACUGAUUAUACACUCAACCUCAAAGCUGUGAGCAUUGUAACUGAGCGUGACCCGAUGGUUGUUGGAAUUCCUAAUGAAGUGGUGUGUAGCACACGCGAGCUCGGUGUUUCGGCAAUAGAGAUGAUUUUUCCUGAAACUAACAAGACACUCGCAACUGCCAACGACACCAAUUUCCAUUCUACUGACAAUUUCUCAUCCAAUGCUAUUCAACUUCAAGUAGUAGCUGCUCCACCUGUCGUGACUAUAUUAAGAGGGAAUAACGGGAGGGUGGAACUCCACUCUGACCACACACUGGUCUGUGAGGUUGACAUUAUCAGCGAGGUCGACACUCCUGUGUUGGUCGAGAUAGAGUGGGACCUCCCACCUUUCUUCAGUGAUGCUAGUAGAGCAUCUGUCUCUGAUGUUCGUGGCAGUGGCUUCUCCUAUAGCUCUGUGAUGUCGAUUAGUAACUUUACAGUCAGAGAAUCUGAACUUUCUGUGAGUAUACAAGUGGACUACACUCCACCAUCUGAUUUCCAUCUCCCAAGUCCUCCCUACUAUCGUCCAGCCAGCUCUGUCUCCCUAGCCUGUGUGGCUACCAAUGCAGUAGGGACUGCCAGCUACCUGUGGUUCUCUACAAACUCAGACUCCUUUGCCAAUGGUGCCAGUGGAGGGAACAUAUCUCGGGACAUACUGACUGCAUUUGAUGCUGGAUACCAUAUCUGUACUGUAACAGAUGAGGUGGGAAACACAGGAACUGCAAUGACACCUAUGGAACUGUUUGGUGCCGGAAUAUAUGUCAGUAGUAGUGAGAGAGUGACCGAUUCUGCUGUUCCUAAUAACACUGCUCUCCGGUUUACUUCACAUUAUUGUAACAAUUGCCGAGUCUCAUUCUACUGCCUCUCCAACUCCACAGUAACUGAGUACAGACCUUCCGUCUGGUACUACUACGGAAGACUUUAUCCCAAUACAACUGAGAAUUGCGUAACGGUUACAGAGUCAGCUACAGGUCUCUUUGUUCAUAACUACAGAUAUGAGAGACUAGGAGGAAUGUACAUUUGUGACAUUGCUGAUUCCAAUGGAAACAUUAUCCAGCUAAGUGUUGGGGUCUAUGACUAUAAUAAUUUUAAUGCACCAUACGUGACUAGUGGUGACUACAUCAAUCAUAUCAAUAGCCCAGAAACGGAUGCUUUGGUCACAGUAUACUGCAGCACCUACCGCUAUCCACCCACUAAUGUGAUAUGGAGACGAAAUGGUGUAAAAGUUACAAUAGAUGGCUUCAAAUAUGAAGCGUAUCAGGCAGUGACAAACCGACAAGGUUCUUACUAUUACAAUGCCCUCGUCAUUCGGGAUAUAGCUGGGAUUACUGAUCAACCAGAGUACACUUGCGAAGUGAGAAACACUGCAGGUCAUCGAACAGAAACAAUAACCCUUUACAACAUCCCAGCUGUAUCUCUGUCCUUGUCAGGUAAAACAUUAUUUUACCUUAAAUAAAUAAUCUCUUUUGAUGCCAAAGGUAUCUCAUUCGAUAAACGAAAAAUAGUAUUAACGCCUAGUAUUAUAACCCCUAUUGUUGUAGACUUAUGGAGGCUCUGGACAUAUUUAUGUGUCCGUGGCUGGUUAAGGUUGUAACUGUUUGUCUUUACAGUGGACCUAUAUCCUGGUUCACCAACGGCUUAUGGUCUACCAGUGAAUGAAGACUUUAGCUUGGUGUGUUCUGGAGUUGUGACAUCAUCCAUUCCACUCGAGAAACUCCAUCUUAAGGACAACAUUCGUGUUCAGUGUUGUGUGUCUGGUGAAGGCAGUGUCUUUAGGAGCACUCUGCUAUUCCACCCACUUGGUCAUGGUCACGACAAACUCUACACUUGCUCAAUGACUUUGGAACAUCCAGCAUAUAGUAUUGUCCCUUCAGACACCUCUGACUACAGAGUUAUGUUUGAUUUCGCCUUUUUCCAAUUGAAGUUCAAUGGACUGUUGUGUACCGAGGUUUCAGAGCGAUUGGAACGAGAUAUCAAAGAAACACUUGCGUUUUUCAUUGAUCGGGAAUGUAGGUGUGGCUUUGAGUCCUCACUGAUAGACCAGGGAGAGUUCCACUGUAACGAUGACAUCAUCAUCUACAGAGCCCGGAUAAUUGGUAGCAGUGAUGUACAAUCAUCUCAACGAGUGAUGGAGAUAUUGAACAAGUGGAAGAGCAGCGAAGGGACAUUUGUGUUCAGUGGAAGGCAGAAGAAUGCGAGGGUUUGGGUGGACCCCCUCUGUCCCCUCAAGAUCGACUCGUUUGCCAGUGAAAUAUUAUGUGGGGACUAAUAACAAAGCUGGUGUGUUGAUUUCACAAUGACUUUGUAGUUUUUCAAUUAGAAUUAUGAGUUUUGUUUAGUUAUGGAGUAGUGAUUUAGCUAUUGUGUAUUAUGCAUGUUGUUAAAAGAUCAUUCCUAGGGAGCUAAUAACCAACAAAAUGUGAAGACUUUUAAUGUUAAUCACUUAGUUGGUAAUUAUAGGGAUG